AUGAGUUUGGGUGGUUUUGGGACUGUAUUUAAAGUGAAGCAUAGAUUGGAUGAUAAGAUAUUUGCCGUUAAAAGAGUGCAAUUUAAGGAUUUUAAUGAAGAAGAUAAGCAAAAAGUCCUAAAAGAAGCGAAAAUGUUGUCAAAACUAGACUCAAAUUUUGUGGUAAAAUUUUAUUACUCGUGGAUUGAAUCAAAUUAUUUAUACAUACAAAUGGAGUAUUGCUCUCAAAAUCUUAAACAAAUCAUUGAUGAAAAAGCCAUUGUCUUCGAGAGACAACCGGAAGACCCGAUGAAUAUAUUUGAAUAUUUUAUUUGCUGUGAAAUAUUCAAAGAGGUAUUAGAAUGCGUCCAAUAUAUACACGAAUCCAAUCCUCCUGUAAUUCAUCGGGAUCUAAAUCCCAGAGAUAUACUCAUUACCAUCAAUAAUAAUAACAAUCGCUUUAUAAAAUUGGGUGACUUUGGUUUGGCCACCGAUCACGACAUGCCAUCCAUGAGCCACACCGGGAAUGUCGGGAGACCUGGAUAUAUGGCACCUGAAAUACAUUUCAUUUCCAAUUAUACCACUAAAGUUGACAUCUAUAGCCUGGCACUCAUUGCACACCAUUUAUUUGAUUUAUUCAAAAUAGAACAUCAAAUGGAAAAAUACAAUAUAACCAUGUUAUCAACAAAUAUCAAGAAAUUGUAUGAAAUAAUUGAACAAAUGCUGGAACCAAUACCAGGCAAACGACCCACCAGUGCUCAAAUACUUCAAUGCUUUAACCAGUGGUAUAUUGAUAAGUCGUUAAUCACUGGCGAUAACACAUAUAAUGAUAUAUUACAAAAUAUAAUCUCCGGCAAGACCAAUACAACUCCGGCAAACACCUCUACCGAUUGGGUGGACGACUUUUACAGCAGAAUGCGUUGCGAGCGGACACGACUUGGCACAUACCACGUGCCCGGACAUGAUUGGCCCAACGCAAACGUAACACCCGGCGAUUUGGCCAGCGCUGGAUUUUUCUACACAUUAACUGAUGAUAUGGUUGAGUGCGCUUUUUGUGGGCUGGGUAUCAAUGAGUGGGUGCCCGGAGACCGUCCAUUAGAUCAACACCGAAUUCACUCGCCACUGUGUCCAUUCAUUACUGGAAAUGACAUGAGCAAUUUACCCAUAUCAAACGACCAUGAUGGUUUUAUAAUACCUCACCCGAGCCUUACGCCCGAUAUUCCCGACGAUAUUAACUCUAAUUUUGGGUUUAAUUCAGCUCGGGUCAAUAUUCCCGGUUUGGGGGUGGCGGUUAACCAACACAUUCCUGGUUCGGGAACGUCGGGUAAACGCCACGUUCCCGGUGCCGGCCAACUCGAUUACACAGAUAUUGAUGUGCGAAUGAAAUCAUAUGUUUGUAACGGUUGGGACCUAUCGAUACCCGUCCCCAUUGAUAGGUUAUCAGCCGCUGGAUUUUAUUACUUGGGACGCUCUGAUUGGGUGAAAUGUUUUUGUUGUGGAGGCAAAGCGCGUGAUUGGUCCCCCGGCGAUAACCCCUGGGUUGAACAUGAGAAAAUGUACCCAGAUUGUCAUGAAGACAAGAAACAAACAAUUCUCAAAGAAGUGAAAUGUUUAGCAAAACUUGACUCAGAAUAUGUGGUAAAGUAUUAUCACUCAUGGCUUGAGUCCAAUCAUCUCUUCAUUCAAAUGGAGUUUUGUUCACAAAGUCUUAAAUCUGUUCUCAAAGACAAACCCAAUGUCUUCGGCCGACAACCGAACGAAGCAAUGAAUAUACUUUGUGAAAUAUUCAAAGAGCUCUUAGAAUGUGUUGAAUACCUCCACGAAUCCAAUCCUCCACUCAUUCAUCGGGAUCUCAAACCCGACAAUAUAUUAAUUAAACACAACGUUAGAAAUAAUCGUUUUGUAAAACUAUGUGACUUUGGUUUAGCCACAGAUCACAUGAUAUCAUCCAUGAGCCUCACGGCAGGGGUGGGGACUUCACAAUACAUGGCUAUUGAAACAUAUCAGCGCCGGUACACAACAAAAUCAGACAUUUAUAGUCUGGGAUCGUAUUAA